AACGACACGGCACGAGCGCGAGCGAGCACGAGUUCGCGGCCGCGGCGUCGUUGGAACCAAGGCCUCGCGGGUUGGGGUUGGUUUGGACUGGGCACGCACGGCUCGAGGAGGAGACUUGGAGGCGAGAGGCCUGCGGGGAUGGGGAUCUCGAGGCCCCUCGCGGUGGCGCUCCUGAUCGCCGCGGCGGUUGUCGCCGGGGUGGCCGCGGAGGAGCCGGUGGUGGUGGCGGACUCGGUCGCCGGCGCGGUGGAGGCCGCGGCCAGGGCCGAGGAGGCUGCGGCGCUCAGGGCCGAGCUGGAGCAGCUCAGGGCGAAGAUCUCCACCUUAGAGUCAAGCAUUGCAGAGCGAUCCCAGGAACUGAAGAGCAAGGAUGAUGGCAUCGCAAAUCUGGAGAAGGCCAUUGGGGAGAAGUCAAAGAAAAUUGCUUCUCUGCAGGGCGAGAUUGCUUCCCUCCAGGCAAAGGGGUCUGUAGCUGCUGAGGAGCAGGUAGGCAAGGCCAAUGCCCGAGCUGUUGAGCUUGAGAAGCAGAUUGACAAGCUCAAAAAGGAUAUUGAAGCCCAAAGUAGCCAGAGAACAACAAUUGAGUCUAGGGCUAAUGAUGCAGAGAAGAAGGUGGAGGAGCUUAAUGCAAAGCUUAAUGCAAUCCAAAAGAAAAGUGAUGAGCAAAAGCGCAAAAUCCAGAAGACAGAACGUGCUCUUAAAGUUGCUGAGGAAGAAUUGAUGAGGCUGCAGUUAGAAGCAACAGCUAAGUCAAAACAACUGACAGAGGUUCAUGGAGCAUGGUUGCCACCUUGGUUAGCGGCACAAUCUGCUCACUACGUGGAGGUUGUCUCAGGUCAUUGGAAUGAACAUGGGAAACCUGCCAUGCAGAUUUUUUUGCAGAAGGCGUCAGAAAAAUCAGCACAGGCAAAGAAAUGGGCUGAACCUCAUAUUGAGACUGCUAAGACGAAAUGGAUUCCUGUUAAGGAAAAAUUGGUUGUCCUCAAGAAAAACGCAGAACCUUAUGUAGAAAAGGUCUCAACAAGAUCGGUGGAGUUAUACGAGUCAUCAAGGGAUGCUGUUACACCGCAUGUUGUCAAAGUUAAGGAGUUUGCUCAUCCCUACUACCAGGAAGCCAAGAAGUUUUCCAAGCCUUACAUUGAUCAAGUUGCUGAGGUCACGAAGCCACAUGUUGAGAAAGUUAGAACUACUCUAAAGCCAUACACUAAAAGAGCAGUUCAUGCAUAUGGGUCAUUUCUUGAGUUGGCGACCACAUACCAUCGGCAGGCUCAAGCAACCAUCUUGGACUACCUUCACCAACAUGAGAUAACAAAAUCACUUGUGACGAAGGAGUUGGUUUGGUUGCUGGCCUCUGCUUUGCUGGCUCUGCCUGUCUUCAUUAUAUACAGGCUUCUAGUAGAAACCGUCUGCACAAAAAAGCAGAAAAGGUCUCGUGGCGGUAAUGGUAACCAUGGCCCCAGGAGACACAAGCGCCGGCAUGCUGAUAAGUAGAUGGGUAUUAAACAGUUAGGGAUUCGUAUGCUAUAUAGGGUUGCAGAUCUUCAAGCAGAUCGGAUCGCUCUCCUCCAACGGCUGAGCCAUCGUGGAAGGAGACCUGAAUCAUGGGUAACCCAUACCGUGAAAACGCUGUACGCCACCAAAAUUCUCUUCUUUUCCCUUUUUCGCCCCAGGUGUAUUAUGGACUUCAGUUGCAGCAGCCUUUUUACCUGCACUUUGCUUAGGUUUAGGGGUUUAGCCUCGGCCUUUGUUUUAUUGGUUACUGUUUAUUGUAACUUGUUAAUCGUUUAGUUUGCGUGCUUGUUUCUGUUGGUUGACCUACAUCCGAACUAUCAUGUAUACAGUGGUUGUUUAGCAA